AUGUCUCUGCUUGUAGGCGACGCAGGUAAUCGCGGCCGUUCGCGGUCGCCAGCAGCCCGCGACCGCAGCCGUAAUCGAGUCUCCGAGUCGCCCUCAAUGUUGGACGCCGUGCGAAUGCCCUCGCCGCCAGCCGGCUUCAGCUACGACGACCAUGCCGCGCCAAUUCGGCCCAGCUACAACCACAACAACAGCCAUGACCACCGCGACUCGUACCUCAUGGCCUCGCCCGCCGACCAGUCGAACUACUACGGCCGCAGCCGCGAGAGCCUCAACGGAUACGAGCAGCAGCGGAAGUCGAGGGGCGACGUGGAUAUCAUGGAUGCCGCCCAGAACGCCCUGCGUCGCGGCGCCGACACCUUCCUGCCCGCCAAGUACGCCGCCAAGGUGCGCGAAUCCGACAGCGACCGCGAACACAACAAGCAGCGCAGCAAACAGAAGAUUGAGGAGGGCCUGGCCUACGGUAGCGCCGCCUCGUUGCCGCCUGCCGCCAUGUACCCAGGUCCUAAAUCGCCGGCGCACGCGGGCGACACGUUCAACUACUCCAUGCCGGGGCAGUGGGCAUAUGACACCCCGGACGAGCAGCUGACGUACUCGCGCGCCGAUGCCCCAGCGCCAGCGCUGCCCCGGAGACCAAGUGGCAGCAACGUUCACCGCAACUCGUACGGAGCCGACCCGCGCUUCUCAGGCGCUAAUGUCCUGACGGUCGAGCCGAACGCUGGGAACAGGAGGGCCCGCUCGCCCAGCUCGCCCAUGCCCCCGAUAGGUCGCAUGUCGUCCCUCAGCGUGAACACGGGCCAUCACUCGGCCUCGCUGUCGCUGCAGACGGGCGGUAUGCCGCCUGCGUCGCCACUCCUCGAGUCGUACCACGGAACCUACCAGUCCAUGUCACCGAUGCCGUCGCCGCUGCUCCUCGCGUCCCACGGUGGUGGCCUGGGGGACAUCAUCGAGCCCCUAUCGCCGGGAUUCUCCGAUGGGGACGAGAAGAAGAAGCGGCGGGCGCGGUUUACUGACCCCGUCGAUGACGCAGCGCGCCUCGCCCAAGCUCUUAAGGGGGAGCGGCGGGCGCCCGAGACAGAGCCACUCAUCGAGAUCCUGCCGGGCAUGACGCACGAGCAGGUGAUGGAGCUGCGGGCCGAGUACAAGCGACUAGUGAAGACUGGAUCGGACCGGAAAGGCGUCAACGUGGCGAAGCACAUCCGCGCGCGCCUAAAGGACGAGGACCCCACGCUCAUGAAGGCUUGUUACGCGACGGCCCUGGGCCGCUGGGAAAGUGAGGCGUAUUGGGCCAACUUCUGGUACCAGGGCGACAAGACGCGGCGGGAGCUGCUGAUCGAGUCGCUCAUGGGCCGGAGCAACGAGGAGGUCCGCAAGAUCAAGGACGCGUUCAGUGACAAGAAGUACAAGGACAGCCUGGUGCACUGCAUGAAGACGGAGUUGAGGGAGGACAAGUUCAAGAAGGCGGUGCUGGUCGUGCUUGAGGAGCGCCGCAUGGAAGACUUUGACGAGUAUGGCCGUCCGCUGCUGGUCGAUCGCCACCUCGUCGAGGAUGACGUCGAGAUUCUGUACAAGGCAAUCCGCGUGGAGAAGGGCGGCGAGACCGCGAUGCUGCAGGUGGUGCUGCUGCGGAGCGAUGCGCACCUUAGGGAGGUGCUGAAGUUGUAUGAGAAGUCGUGCGAGAGCAAUUUUGCACGCGAUGCACUGAAGAAGAGUGGCAACCUUGUGGGCGAGCUCCUAGCCCACAUCCUCAACGGCAUCAUCAACAAACCGGUGCGGGACGCAUUGCUUCUGCACCACGCGCUGACGGCGUCCAAAAAGGACGCGCUGCGCCGCGAGCUGUUGAUCUCGCGGCUGGUGCGCUAUCACUGGGACCGCACGCACCUCGCCGCCGUCAAGAGGGCUUACCAGGAGCGCUACGGCGAGGACCUCCGCGAGGCUGUCAAGGAGGGCACCUCGGGCGAAUGGGGUCUCUUCUGUGAGCAGCUGGUUGUCACGCGAAUGCCGGACCAAGUGAAGAGGUUUGACAAGGACCGGAAGGUCGAGGCGGUAAGGGAGGAAGGGCGGGAGAGGGAAGGCGAAAGGGAAAGAGAGGAGAGAGAACGGGACAGGGCUAAGGAGAGGGAGCGCGAGACGGAUAGGGAGUAUGAGCGAGAGCGCGAACGCGAACGCGAGCGGGAAACCCAUAGGGACCACGAGAGGGAAAGAGAACGAGAGAAGGAUAGGGAACGCGAGAGGAAAAAGGAAAAAGAGCGCGAACGAGAGCGCGAGAGGGGAAGGGCCAAUAGUGGUGGCUUGCUUGUCGUUAAAGACCACAAGCAUAGGGAUCGCAGCAAGAGUCGCGAGAGGAGUCGCAGUCGGAGACGGGACUGA